AUGAAUGGCGUAAUUUAUCCCUUGUUUGUGGUGCUGUGCAUCAUAGCAGCUGUGCUUCAGCAAAAAACCUCUCGAACAAACCUUGAACUUGCAGCCAGAAGCAACCCAGACUUUGUGAACUUUCAGAGGAGAUUUUUUGUUGUUUAUUUUGCUGCUCUGUUUUCUGACUGGCUACAAGGACCCUACGUUUAUCGGUUGUAUGCCACAUACGGAUUUGAGAGUGGAACAAUAGCAAUUCUCUACAUCAUCGGAUUUGCAGCAAGUGCAUUAUUUGGAACUUUCACUGGUCCAUUGGCUGAUCGCUUUGGACGAAAACGACUCUGCUUACUCUUCUGUCUCCUCUAUUCAAUAUGUUGCCUGACAAAGUUGAGUGCCAACUUCUACAUGCUGGCAUUUGGACGGAUAUUGGGGGGGAUCUCCACCUCUAUCUUGUUUUCAUCAUUCGAAUCUUGGUACAUUUAUGAGCAUGUACAACAUUAUGAUUUCCCUCAAGAAUGGAUCAUGGGAACAUUUUCAAAGACAACAUUCUGGAAUGGAUUUUUGGCUAUCAUGGCUGGGAUUGCAGCCAAUGCCACAGCUGAGUGGAUGAAUUUUGGACCAGUGGGCCCUUUUUUGCUGGCAAUCCCCAUCCUGGCCCUUUGUGCUGUUCUUAUCCUCAAGAAUUGGGAUGAGAAUCAAGGUAAUGAGAAAGGAGAAUUUUCCAGGCAGUGCAUGGGUGGUCUGAACAGAAUCCUGCAAGAAGAAAAAAUCCUGCUCCUUGGCUUUGUCCAGAGCAUUUUUGAGUCUGUUAUGUACAUCUUUGUGUUUCUCUGGACUCCCACACUUGAUGUGUACUCAACACUACUCCCAUUGGGCAUUAUAUUCUCCUGCUUCAUGGUAUGUAUAAUGAUAGGAUCCAGCCUCUAUGAACUGAUUGUAUCAACAGGGAAAUACACAAGUGAACAUACCUUAACUUGGUGCCUUAUCAUGAGUGGUGUCUCCAUGUUCAUCAGCUUCAUCUUUGCAAAGGAAACAGAAGAAAACACCAUGCUCUUCAUUAUACCCCUUGUAGGAUUCCUCAUUCUGGAGGUUGCUGUUGGAAUGUAUUACCCAGGAAUUGGGUUCCUGCGGAGCCAAGAAGUGCCUGAAGCAUAUAGGGCUGCCAUCAUGAACUGGUUCCGUGUUCCCUUAAAUGUCAUUACUUGUGGAGGGCUCCUUUGGCUACAAGGAGAUAAGUCCCACAAAAUUAGAUCUGUAUAUUUUGCCUGUGUGGUCUUGUGUCUUAUUGGCUUGCUUGCAAAGCAAAAAUUCUCAGCCCUUCGCAGACAGGCUGGAAUUAUUGCAUCUUCACCAUCCAAGCAGAAUAUUCUACCAACCGAUGACUGA